CCGACAUCUUCCCUGGAGCGUUCUAUUUCUUAAGGAAAGUUUCUAGAGCAAAGAAAAGGAAGGAGAGAAGAGUGACAGCCAAGGUAUCUCAGUGACUUAAGUACUAAGGGGAGUAUUGGAGGCAGCUAUGCCGGGGUCCUUCCUCGUCAUUCAGGACUUCACUCACUCACUGACAUGUGGACUGGAGUAGUACUGAAACUGACUACUAUCAAGUUACAUUCUGGAGCAGCUGAGCUGGAUUUUCUUUGCGAUUUAGAUCUACAGGCCCUUUCUUCCCCAUAGCCCGCCCACUCUGCCCUGGACAAGCUAUGGCAGCAGAUGAAGGUUUACUUCUCAAUAUUUCAGAGGACUGGACCUUCCCAGGCUUUCACCAAGAGCACAAGAAAUUCCCCAGAUCCUUUGGAGCCAAGGAGAGAAGGGGAACACCAAAGCAAGCAAAAGGGACAAAAAGAAAAUUCCAAGGGGCCAGCCAAGGGCCCCCACCGAAACAAAAGAAUGAAAUGUCCUUACCCCCUGCCAAGAAAACCGAAGUUAAAGAGGUUAAAAGGACUGGGAAGGGAAAGCCGGAAGGUCUGAUUUCUCCAAAAAAGCACCCAGCUGUCCCUACUAAUGAGGGACAAGUGGAGAGGCCGUUCAUUAAGACCUCGUCAUUAUUUAAAAACAACCCUGAAAUUCCAGAAAUCCACAGAGCUAUGGUGAAGCAGGUACGAGAAAAAGUGUUUACUUCCGAUUCUUUUCAUGAAUUGGGCCUCCAUCCACACCUGAUUUCAACAAUAAGCACAGUCCUGAAAAUGUCUAGCAUGACCAGUGUUCAGAAGCAAAGUAUUCCUUCAUUGCUAGAAGGCAGAGAUGCUCUUGUGAGAUCCCAGACAGGAUCAGGUAAAACGCUUGCCUAUUGCAUCCCUGUGGUUCAGUCUCUUCAAGCGAUGAAGUCGAGAAUACAGCGCAGUGAUGGCCCCUACACUCUGGUAUUAGUGCCAACAAGAGAGCUGGCUCUACAGACCUUUGAUACCAUCCAGAAACUGCUUAAGCCAUUUACCUGGAUUGUGCCUGGAGUGUUAAUGGGAGGAGAGAAGAGAAAAUCAGAAAAGGCCAGACUACGCAAAGGGAUAAACAUCCUAAUCUCAACUCCUGGACGUCUAGUAGAUCACAUUAAAUCCACCAAAAACAUUCAUUUCAGUCGAAUACAGUGGUUGAUUAUUGAUGAGGCAGACAGGAUCCUGGACUUGGGUUUUGAGAAGGACGUCACUGUGAUUCUCAAUGCCAUAAACUCAGAAUGCGAGAAACGUCAGAAUGUCCUGUUGUCAGCCACUCUUACUGAGGGUGUAACGAGGUUGGCAGAUAUCAGUUUGCACAAUCCAGUCAGCAUUUCUGUAUCAGAUGAAGCCUGUAACCAGCCCAUUAAAGGAUGCAAAGCAGCCAGAGAAGCCAGUCACCUACAAACCAGUGCUGAGCUGGACAGCUUUGCUGUGCCCGAGAAGCUCCAACAGCAUGUGACACUGGUUCCCAGCAAACUGAAGCUCGUCACACUAGCAGCCUUCAUUCUUGGAAGAUGUGAGUUUGAAAAACACCAGAAGCUGAUUGUCUUUUUCUCGAGCUGCGAGCUGGUCGAGUUCUACUACCACCUCUUCCUCCAGACCCUGCUGGGCAGCGCCAUGGCCCCAGCAUCAGGGCCGUCACCAUCUGCCUCCUCCCGAUUAAAAUUCCUGCGUCUGCAUGGCAACAUGGAACAGGAGGAAAGAACAGCAGCUUUUCAGGAGUUCUCACAAUCCAAAUCAGGCAUCUUGCUUUGUACGGACGUUGCAGCUCGGGGCUUAGAUCUCCCUCAGGUCACAUGGAUUGUUCAGUACAAUGCUCCAUCUUCACCGGCAGAAUACAUCCACCGGAUUGGGAGAACUGCUCGGAUUGGCUGCCAUGGGAGCAGUCUGCUCAUUUUGGCUCCUUCGGAGGCAGAAUAUGUCAACUCGUUGGCUUCUCACAAAAUCAAUGUAUCUGAAAUAAAGAUGGAGGAUAUUUUAUCUAUUUUGGCAAUGGAUGAUCGUUUUAAAGGAAGACGAUGGGGGAACAAGAAAUCCCGCAGUGUUGGCCCCCAGGAAAUCCGAGAGCGGGCCACUGUCUUGCAGACAGCAUUUGAAGAUUACGUGCAUGCCAGUGCGGAGAGGGUCUCCUGGGCAAAGAAAGCUCUGCAGUCUUUCAUCCGCGCCUAUGCAACGUACCCCAAGGACUUGAAGCACAUUUUUCAUGUCCGGUCCCUCCAUCUCGGUCAUGUGGCCAAGAGCUUUGGGCUAAGAGAUGCCCCCCAGAAUCUGAGUGCCUCUUCAGGAAACAAAAAGAAGUCAAAGCUGAAAAGGCCUGACCUUCAUAAGAAGACCCAGAGUAAACACCGUCUUGCUGAAAUCUUGCGUUCAGAAUACUCAAGUGGGAUGGAAGCUGGCGACGCCAAGGUCAAAAAGCAAAACAAACAUGGAAAACCCAGCAACCACACACUGCAGAGCUGAGUUGGAGCUCCCAACCUUUGCUGUGGGGGGAAGGAAAAGAAAAUCUGUCUCUGUGAAACACUGGAAAAGCCCACAAAGAUGUUCUGUGGGCCAGUGAGACUUAGCUAAGACUUCUCAAAAACUGCCUCUGUACAUAGCACUGAGCCUCAAGAUGGAUCCUGGAAGUUCUGGAUUGGUAAAUGUCCUAUUUUUGUUAGAGGAACCUUAUUAAAAAUAAGCAUAUUUCUCUUUUCCUGCAUACCAAAUUUCAAAAUGAUAUAAUUGAACCCACACCCAUUCUCUUUUGUGAGUGGAGUAAAAAUAGAAACCAAGGGGAGUAACAUCACAGCAACAAUUAGCUAAUUACUUGAUAUCUCUAUACUUUCCAUUGACCCUGGAAGCAGAUUAGUCCUUUAAGUGAGCAGUAGUAAAAAUGAAGGACAAAAGAACUCCAUCCUAAGUCACUGAACAUAUUUGGAUGUGCCAUACAACAAAAGCCUACUAUGAUACAGGCUAGCCUGUGAAAUGAAUUAACCCUGCUGUUACAUGCCAGUGUUUUAGCAAAGAUCCACUGUGUUUUAUUUUUAUACUAUUUGGUACCUUUGGUCUUAUUUGUAAAGCACGAUUUGUGACUUGAAGAGUAGCUAUGUGACUUUGGACAAGUCACAUCCCUUCUCUGGGCCUGAGUUUCCCCAGUCACAAAGGGGGCAAGAUUUGUUCAUUUCUAAGGUCUCUUCCAACUCUCAAGGUAUGAUUUUGUGAAAUGAAUGUGUAUAAGAGAGAAAUUUUAUUUCUCAAAAUUUUCUUUCCCAAUGCAUACAUGAAGUGGUCUGUAAAAAGGACCAAGAAUCAUUUUGUGAAAAUAAUCAGAAAUACCACAGUAUUGUGGUAUACCCUGAGCCUCCUUAUUUUCUCUAAAUAUGUUGCUGUAAAUACAAUGUCACUUUUCUAUCAUUCCUUACAUUUAUUCCCUCUUCAGUGUUCCUCAGAAAAGGUAUUCUUUCAGGGCUAAUUGAUUUACUGUUGUCUUUUUAUUAUUUGCCUUUGAAGUCAAAAGGCACCAGUGCCCCUGUGUUUUUCUUCCUAGUGAAACCCAACAGGGUUCCACAAGAGGCCUGGGCUUCUUUGUCUUGUGACCUGGGGCACAGCUUCCCCAUUGGGUCUGGCUACCAGGCUGGUGACAGCCCCUCUCCCCCUUUGAGAAGUAUUGAUUUCCCAAUAAAUGUAAUAUUUACAUACAGGAAAUGCUAGAGAAGGCCACAAGAGAAAGGGCUAAAAAUCUCAGCAGUUUUCUUCAUGUUGAAGAGCCCUGUGCAGCAGCUUGACUUGGGCAUUUCCUGGCCAUCCUCCUCUAUGAUUACUAAAUGACCAUGUCUAGAUUUUCUGUGACAAAGUUCUGAGAUAUUCCAAAGGAAAUGCCAGCUUUGAAUUAGCUGACUGACCAGUAGGGUAAUGUAAGCUUUGUGAAGAUUCAUAUUUACAAAGUGAUAAAGGGGAAGGGUGUCAAGUUUUCCUUUUCUGAUAGUGGGCAGAUUCAAGGCAAAUGUCAUCUAGAACACUGCCACAGAAAUGACUCAGAGUAUGUGAGGUAGAGUGUGAGCCUAGUAAAAAUUGAUCUUCUGCAUGAGGAAAAAUAUGACCUUCUCAGAGUCAGCUGUCACAUAUGAAUUAAUAGGGGCUGUUGGUGAAAUUUAUAACAAUAAUAAUAAUAAUAAUAAUAAUAAUAAUAAAAAACCCUGCAGCAAUGUCAAAAAUGACUUUGGACAAAUCUGCCACCCUCUCUUUUAUUUUGAUGCAUAAUAGUUCAAAUGAUUUGGAUGAGAAAAGAAGAGAUCAAACUUUUUAUAGACAAAACCCAGCUGUGUGGGAAAUAAGAUUAAUGCCAGCGAUUGGGGGUGAUCAAAGGCAAAAACCUACAUGUUUUUUCAAGUAUUCAUUCUAUUAAAGGAUGAAUAAUCAUAAGGAUAUUCCACAUUCCUGGAGUAAAAAAAAUGCUAUAACUAUGCAAAGGGCAUAUGUGUGUAUCAUUAGGGGUAUGUGUGUGUGUGUGUAUAUAUAUAUAUAUAUAUAUAUAUAUGAGUGUGGGUGUAAGUGUACACAUAUAUUCAAACUAUAAACCCCAACUUACUUUGCUGAUAAUAGCUUAAACGUUUCAUCUCACAUUAAGAUGAUGCCUGGGUAUAUUUCUGAGCAGAAUCAAUAUCCUGCCCCCCAGUUAAUAAAGAAACAAGGAUUUAGCAGAUUUAAGGUUAAUAUUAUCUGAGUUGGAAUAACCUUAAAAAUAAAUCUUUCUCUUAUUAUAGCUCAUGAAAGAUUAUACAUUUCAGGCAUCAAUUAGGCAAAGCCUUUGCCUAAUUCCAUUGUACAUAUUCUAAUUUUGUGUGCAUUUUUAAUCAUCUAUUUUCUCAUUUCCCAAACUUGUCUCUCUCAUUCUCUGCUAUGCUCCUGUUUCUCGUAUUUAAAGACUCACAGAAGUUGGGCAUUUAAGGAACUGUUACAACCCACAGUUCUUUUCCCUGGUGGAUUGUAUAGAAUUCCUUUCCUGGUUCCCAAACAUCUUAGUAUUUGCAACCCCUAAUGGUUGCAAAUCUUCAGAAGGGACCCUCAUUUCUCAUGCAGUGAAGGGCAAAGAACCUUUGGCAAAAUAGGUGCCUGUGUGUGAUCUAAUUAAGUCAGUGCUGAUGUAAUGCAAACAGCAACUUCCAUUCCUAUAGAACCAAGUUCAGACUAAACCUCAGCAAAAGAAAUUUCUACAAAGCCCAGUGAGUUCCUUUGAAUUUUUUUAGGGAGCUGGUUGAAGGGUGAAGGAGAGCCAUUUAGUCAAAUGACUGGAAAAUGGCUAAUGUCCUAGAUUUCUGGAUUUUAGUUCCUUUACAUGUAGUCAACAAAAAUCACUAAGGUCCCAAUGUUUAUUUCUCAAAGAUAGAAAAAUGGGACUCUUCCCCUCUGCCCUCCAAAAAAAUUAUUUGGUUUCCUAUUGUUUUGGAGAUAUUACAUCAUAUUCUUUCUUGGGAAGCAGCUUUACUCCCUCUAGCAAAAGUUCCUUUAAGAUCCUUACACCUUUUCUGCUAUUGCUGUUGGGUUGUGGGGGAGGAUUUAGGGCUAGGCCAUUUAAAGUUAGCUUGACUGGUUGCAGUGUGGAGGAACUUUAAAGUCCAUUUGACUUUUCCCAAAAUGUCCACAAGAGCUUUUCUGUCAUAGACUGUUUGUAGCAGAGGAUUCAAAGUUACUUUGGAUUCCACAUCUUCCCAUGCAAGGGACCACAAGGCACAUGUCUCUCUGGGGGUGUCUGUAUGUUGUAAGGAGAGGAUUGGAGAAAAAGGUGGGCCUUUUCAGGAGCUACCUUUUUCAGUACCUCCUCCAGAGGCUCCCUCAGACUCCUCUUCUCUGUCUGAAAUCACCCAGCACCAGGGUCCAGAACAUAGAAACCAAAGUGAACCUUUUAAAUAUAUGAAAGUUAAAAAAAAAAAGAACCCUGCUUUACCAUAAAGGUUGUAAAGUUAUUGCAGGUGGGAACUGGCAGGACAAUUUUAAAUAUUGUAAUUAUAAACUUGU